AUGCACGGCAUUCGGGGUGUCGCACACUUGGGGUCCGGGAGAGCCACACAGAGUGGCUGGGCAGGGGACAACUGGCUGGACUUACGCCACGAAGAAAACGUUCUAACGAGAAGGGGAGAGUACAACCAGGAAAUGUUUCGAAUUUCAGGCAUAAUGAUCGUUCAGGCAAGCCGCAAUUACUGUACUGGCAUUGGUCACGACAGGACACUCUGCCAGAAAAAGUGUGAUGUCUGUGAAAACCAUUCUAACUGCAGUUCGUGUAUUGGUAAUGACACAAAUGCAGCAGGCUGCAAGUGGAUCAGAUGUGAAAAAGAAGACUUGUGUGUAAGUGAAACAGAAAUAAGUGUGAAAUAUAUCAACUGUACAAUUGAAGAACAGUGUUCUUCUCCUACAGUCGUUCCUUUUUCCAAUACUACCACAGCGUCUUCCAAUACUACCACAGCAUCUUCCAAUACUACCACAGCGUCUUCCAAUACCACCACAGCUACUUCUGCUACCACGGCUCAUACUACUAUAGCUAACAUCACCAAUGCAACUACACAUGCUCCUCUAUCUACAGCUACCAUUACUGCAGCUACCACAACAACCAGUAUUCCAGGUACGAAUGCUACUGUGACUCCUGCACCUUCUCCACGCAAAUCUACAUUUGAUGCUGCAAGUUUCAUAGGUGGAAUUGUCCUUGUUCUGGGUCUGCAGGCUGUUAUUUUCUUUCUGUACAAAUUCUGCAAGUCGAAAGACCGAAACUAUCACACACUUUAGGACCUGCCACUUUAUAAUGGACUAGUAGCCCAACACCUGUAGUUCACAGAAUAUUUUCUGUUGUUCAUGGAAGACAGCAGUUCAUAAUAUCCUUUAAAUCUCUAAGACUUUAAAAGAAUAUUUUUGCAACAGUAUACUUGGCAAGAGGUGAUACGAAUCUCUUCAACAGGAUUACUUGCGAUAUGCUGCAUGGGUUCUAAUGGCUGUCUUAUUUUCCUUUAGUGGCUGCUGCUGCGGGACUAUUUUUUUGAUAUGCCAAAUGUAGACGUUCAGAGAUUCUUAUUCAGUGGCAACACUGUCUUGAGUAGACAAUCUCAUGAUGACCUAUUGUGAAGGCUAAUUUAAUCAACAUUUGAUGCCGUAUCCCUUCAGUUUUAUCAAGAUGUGAAUCAUUGGUGACUGACUUCAGGGAGUGAAAUACCAUUUAUACUAGCUUGUAGCUCUUACAGCGUGCUGCGAGAAAGAUUAACAAAAUUGUGGGAAGUAGAUAGUGUCU